AUGAGAUUUCUGCAAAGAAGAAAAUUGCAAGAUAUAGAAGGAAAAGUUAGUGUAAUAAAACUUUUCAAAUGUUCUGAUUGGACUGACAUGAUUUUAAUACUAGUUGGACUCAUAAGUUCAUUAGGAAAUGGAGUAAUGCAACUACUCAUGAUGCUUUUGAUGGGAGACAUGGUUAAUAGUUAUAUUUAUACACCAGGUGAUAAUACAAUAAUAGAUGAAGAAGUUAAUCACAUGAUUGUUGAAGGAGUAAAAGAGUCAGUGAAUAAAGUAGUUGUGAAGAUGGUAUAUUUUGGAGUGAUAAGUAUGGUGUUGAGUUUUCUGAGAACAUUUUCAUUGUUUGUAGUUUCACAAAGAGAAGGAAUUAGAGUGAGAAGAUUAUAUUUCAAGUCAUUAUUAAGACAAGACGCAACAUGGUAUGAUUUUCAAGAAUCAGGAGAAUUGACAGCAAGAAUAGCAACAGAUAUUAAAAAUUAUCAAGAUGGAAUUGGUCCAAAAUUUGGAAUGAUUUUUCAAAUAAUCUCAAUGGUUAUUACAGGGUAUGUUAUUGGAUUUACAAAAUGUUGGGAUCUUGCAUUAGUUGUGUUGGCAACUGUUCCAUUUUCAUCCUUUUCUUUCACAAUAUUCCAAAUAAUUGGAAUGCAAUAUGAAACAAAAGCAUUAAAUGUGUUUGGAGCAGCUGGUGCUAUUGCAGAAGAGACAAUAGGAAAUAUUAGAACAGUUCAAUCAUUAAAUCAAAAAAAUGAAUUUAUUGAAGAAUAUGAAGAAAAAAUAAAACAAAAUGAACACUUUAAUGGAAUUAAAGGACAAUGUCUUGGAUUAGGAUUUUCAGUUAUUACAUUUUUCAUGAUUGCAUCUUAUGCACUUGGAAGUUAG